CCCGGGCAUCUCAUCCUUGUCAGAGAGAGAGAGAGAGAGAGAGAGGGAGAGAUGGCGGACUGGGGACCAGUCUUCAUGGCGGUGUUGCUGUUUGUUCUGUUAUCUCCGGGACUGCUUUUUCAGCUACCGGCCCGAGGCCGGUUCAUAGAAUUCGGCAACUUGCAAACGAGUGGGGCGUCCAUAUUCGUCCAUUCUCUCAUCUACUUCGUCCUCAUCGCCAUCUUCUUGUUAGCUGUACGAGUCCAUGUGUACCUCGGUUAGUCGGUUCUUGAUAAUCGUCAUGGACCACAAUGAUGAUGGAGUGGAGUUCGUCCGUCUCGCUUCUAGGGUUUCUCACUUCCGACUUCGCUUUCUCAUUAUCUUAUUUAUGUACAUUGCUGCUGUUUCAUGUGUCUGUUCCUUGUAAUACAGCCGAAUACUGAUUCGAUUGAUAUGUUUCUGUACCUUAAAGAAUUCUUAUGAUUUGCCGGGGUUUGUGAAAUCUUCUUCUUUUCACAUAUUGUGGAUACAUUAUUUCAUAUCUUAAACUUCAUUUCUGGGGUUUCGAUUUACAAGUUGGAACUGAGAAUAAGUCGAUCAAAUGAAAUCAUCAAUGUUAUUUUUUUUUGGGAUUUGCUUCUACCUGGCUUUGGUUUGAAAGUAUGUAUCAAACAAUUGGUUCCAAAAUAAUGUAUCAACCGGUUUGUCUCAA